AUGAGAAUCGGUUCAUCGCCUUGUGCCUCUUGCAAAUUGCUACGGCGGCGUUGUGCAAAAGAUUGCAUUUUUGCGCCUUAUUUUCCUCCCGAUGAUCCUCUCAAAUUCGCCAUUGUUCAUAAGAUCUUCGGUGCUAGCAAUGUCAGCAAAAUGUUGCAGGAGGUUUCAGUAGAACAAAGAACAGAUGCAGUGAACAGUAUGGUAUAUGAAGCGAGUGCAAGAAUGAGGGAUCCAGUAUACGGUUGUGUAGGGACAAUCUCGUUUCUACAAAACGAAGUGUCUCGAUUGGAAAUACAACUAGGGGCAGCACAAGCGGAGAUUUUGACCUUACAGAUGCAGCAACAGCAGGCUCCGAUGACGACGACCACCCAAAUGGAUCAAGAUGAUCAAAAUCUUGUUAUUUUCUCAAAUGUUGAUUCUUCUAAUUCCUUCCAUACUUUCCAGGAAAUGGAGGAUUAUUACCCUCUAUGGACUUGAAUAAUUUUCAUGACUAUUAUUAUUUUUAAUUAAUCAAAGUGUAACAGAAGGUAUAUAAUACAUAUGUAAACAUAAACAUAAAUAUAAAUGUUUCCAA